AUGUCCGCCACCCAGACCCAAACCACCACUACGAAGCUCGUAUCAGAGCACGACUCGACAUACGUCCCCAGAGGACGAGUAACAACACCACUGAACUUCUUCAAAGACCCCGAAGAUGGAUCGAAACCACACAACUACGUCGAGCCUCAGGAAGGCAUCCCACAGAGAAAUUUCGGGAUGACCACUGCGGACGUCGAGCUAAACGAUGCGCGCGGACGAGAGUCUGACUUCAACCUCGACAAAGACGCUUUCGAACUUUUCCAGAACGUCAAGUCUGAGAUGACCUAUGACGACUGGGCAGAUGAUGAGAAAGUGAAGUCUACUUUCUACCCUGAAGUUGUUCAGUUCUUGCUCGACAAUGUGCCUGGCUCACAUAAAGUCACACUCUUCGACCACACUAUCCGACGAAGCAACCCAGACGCACCACGAGCGCCGGUCACGAGAGUGCAUGUCGACCAGACUGCUCGAUCAACAGAAUGGCGAGUCAAGCUGCACGAUCCAGAGCAAGCGGACGAGUUGCUGAAGGGACGUUAUCGGAUCAUUAAUGUCUGGCGGCCACUAAAUGGACCAGUGCAGGCUUCACCGCUUACCUUUGCUAGCGCUGAGACCGUUGAUGACAACGACCUUGUGCCAGUUGAGCACCGUUAUCCUCAUCGGACUGGUGAGACUGCGGGUGUGCGGUAUCAGCCCAGCCAGAAGUUCUACUACUGGUCUGGCAUGCAGAAUGACGAGAGGUUGUUCUUGAAGUGCUUCGACUCACAGGAAGGUGUUGGGCAGAGAGUGCCUCAUAGCGCGUUUGUUGACCAUCGUACACCUGAGGGGGCGAAGGGCAGGGAGAGCAUUGAGGUCAGGGCCUUGGUGUAUGGUUGA